UACCAGUAUGGUGAAAACGGCUGGCUUUGGCCAAGUGCCACGAUAGUGUUGAGCAUAGGUAAAAUUACCUCAACUACAAAAGAAAAUCCAUUUAACUGGGCUCGCAGUAACGCGAUGGGUCGGCAUGCCGAGGAACGUUUCCUUGACGAACUUGAAACUGAAAUUUCAAAACACCAUGAAGUAACAAAAAUAGAAGCAAAACUGGUUCAAAACUACUCGCCCUGUUCGGUUUGCGCACACGCCUUGAUCGAAUUCAAAAAGAAGAUGCAAAACAAGAACAUUGACUUUUCUUUGACAAUAAAAUUUGCAAACUUUUACCGUCAUACAUUGGCCCCGAAUAAAGAAGGGUUAAUGAAUCUGUUGCGAAAUGAUGUAAAAUUAGAGUUGCUUCAAGGUAAAGAUGAAUGGGAAGCGUUCUUAAAUUAUGAGAACAUCGAGUUAACCAAUGAUCAAUAUACGAAGUUACUUGAGAUGGCAACAUCAGAAGAAAGAACGAAUAGAGAAACGAACGACGUGAAAAUCCUUAGCGUGAUAGAAUUCGAGGCUAUAGCAGUAUAG